AUGUCCGUCACCACAACAACAGCGACCGCCGCAUACGCGCCGACCCAUAGAAGUCUUGCCCACCCGCCGCGAACUCUUCGCAAAGCUACCAGCUUCACUAGCAACUUCGCCUCCUCCACAACCGCUUCCUCUCCCAGUCUUAAUUGCCUCUACAACACACAUUCGCGACUUACGCCCUCCCAUCAAUCGCUUCCGCGCAAAUCCUCCUUGGCUGCUCUUACUCCCAAGUCUCUCGCCUCCAUCCCCGAUGUAAGCGAGUCCUAUGCCUACAACAGCGUGCUAGCCGAGUCGCCCGAUCGCAAAAUGCCACCCGCCACGCCCGGUAGGGCCGGGACCGAUUUCGUUCUCGGCGAUGUCGUUGAAGUCCCGGGCAACAUGUUAGGCACUGUCCGUUUUAUUGGUUCGGUGGAUGGAAAGAAGGGCACUUUUGCUGGUGUCGAGCUGCAUCCCGAGUUCUCUCAGCGGGGCAAGAACUCGGGCGAAGUGGAAGGUGUUUCCUACUUUACUACGACUCUUCCUGGCGCAGGCAUCUUUCUCCCUCUCAACAAAGCCGUGAGACGAGACUCUCCUCCUGGCUCGUCUUCCAGCUCGUUUCCUCACACUCCCACUGCCAGCACCAUGGGCGGUCUCAAGGUCGGCACGCAGAACUCCACGAACACACCUCCGACGCCGUCAGUGCCGCUAUUCAGCAAAUCUGUUGGCCCUGGCAUUGCCCCCGGCCGAUCAGUCAGUCCUCAACUGAAGAAGUCGAUGAGCAGGCCCUCUGUACGCCCGGAGUCGCCUGUACGAAAAUUACAGAUGACCCCAGGACCGAGACCAUCACUGGCGACACCCGGAAAGGUGCCUUCCAAAUACAGCUCUCCUGCCCCGAAUCGCUUCGCGCAGAGCGUUCGUGGAACGGCUGGAGACCCGAGCAAAGGUUCACGAUUGGAUAGGAAGCCAAGUGUUGGUCCGCGCAGUGCCUCUGCCCUUGGCCAAACGUCAAUGUUUGACGAAGAGCCGAUGCCCCAGCCACCAGCCACUCUGCAGCGAACACAGACCAAUGGGAGCACCAAUUCGGUAUCUUCCUACAGCUCCAAGUUCAGAGUACCGUCGCGGGCUGGAGCCGGCUCAAGGGCCGCGUCACGAGCUCAGAACGACGACGAGGUUGACCGGCUUAGAGCACAACUGGACGACCGUGAAAGGCAGUUGAGGGAUCAAGCAUCUACGUUGGCAGAGAUGGAGAGCAGUUUGACCGAGCUUCAGACUCUUAUGGAGAGUUCGGAUCUGUCAGCACCCAAGCGCAACAGUCUCGACGAUAAGGACUCGAUGCAACUUCGCGCAUUGGUCAGAGAAAAGAAUGAGAAGAUUGCGAUGCUCACUGCCGAGUUCGACGCACACCGAGCUGACUUCCGAAGCACCAUCGACACCCUCGAAAUGGCUAGUUCCGAAACCGAACGAGUAUACGAAAAGCGCAUUGAUGAGUUGAUGAUGGAAAUGCGUGAGCUCGAAUCGCGGACGGAUGACGUAGAUUCGGUUGCUCGUCAGUUGAAGCAGCUUGAGGAGUUGGUUCAAGAGCUCGAAGAGGGUCUCGAGGACGCACGACGCGGUGAAGCGGAAGCAAGAGGGGAGGUCGAAUUCCUCCGUGGUGAAGUCGAGCGUACACGAACUGAGCUGCGCAGGGAGCGCGAAAAGGCAUCAGCCGGAAUGAACGGCACCACAGGUCCAAGCAACGGAGACCGUGGCUCCAUUUCCAAGGAAUUGGAGCAGAAGGAAGAUGAGAUUCGGGGUCUUAAGGCGAUCAUCCACUCUCUCAGUCGCGAUUCUGUUCCUGGGGCCGACAAAGCUGAGGACCCCUCCGUACGCGAGAACGCAGUGGCUCGUGAAAGGCUGGAGCUCGAGCUGGCAGAGCUCAAUGAUGUCGUGAAAGACAAGAGCCGUCGCGAGGAGGAGCUCGAGCGGGAAGUGGAGAGACUUCGUAGGGGAAGCGUCACGACUCAGCUCACCGGACCUCUGGCCAACGGCGGUGCGCAGCGUUCUUCAUUACGCGAUUCUCGAGAUACCGUCAUCUUGAUGCGCAACAGCGAGCCCCAGUCUCCCACGACGACGCACAAGCGUGUUCGUACACUGGACACGAUGCCCGAAAGUGACGCCUACUCAUCAGUCACGGAUAAUAGUACUCUUUGGUGCGAAAUUUGCGAGACUGGCGGACACGAUAUCCUUACUUGCACCAAUAUGUUUGGCAACGAGGGUGGCAAGACCAACGGCGAUGCCGGCAAGGCCAUCAAGGAGGAACUGAAGCCCAUCCCCGCCGAAGACAAACCGGCUCCUCUAUCGCCAAUCAAGUCUAAGCCGCUUGCUCCUCCGCCGACCGUCAAGAUCUUCCCAAACCCGAUGGAUUCCGGCCCUGUGGCUGGAAAGGAGAGCGGAAUUGUCGACGUCUCCAAGUGGUGUGCCCUAUGUGAGAGAGAUGGACACGAAAGCGUCGAUUGUCCAUUCGAAGAUGCAUUCUAG